AUCUGCCGUGGAACCGUGGAGCCGUCCCUCCGUCCUCUGAGUCACUCCACCCGACCUGCAGCUCUCAUCACACCGCAACCGUGAAGAUGGCGACCCGGACCAUGCAGGCGGCGCGAUGCCCGACAGAUGAGCUGUCGCUGACUAACUGUGCCGUCGUGAAUGAAAAAGAUCUGCAGUCAGGACAACAUGUGACGGUGAAAACCACCCCAAAUCACAAGUAUGUGUUUACGGUCAAGACCCACCAUACUGUUGCUGCUGGAACCAUCGCCUUCAGUCUGCCGCAGUGGCCAACUACAACUUUGACAAGACCAAGCAGUGCAUUGGUGCCAUGACAAUUGAAAUUGACUUCCUGCAGAAGAAAAGUACCGACUCCUCUCCAUAUGACUCCGACAAGAUGGCUGCUGAGUUCAUCCAGCAGUUCAACAACCAGGCCUUCUCUGUCACCCAGCAGUUGGUGUUUAGUUUCUGCGACAAGCUCUUUGGUUUGGUGGUGAAGGAUAUUGAGGCCAUGGAUGCCAGCAUCCUCAAAGGAGAACCAGCUUCUGGAAAGAAACARCAAAAGAUCGACGUUGGUCUGAUGGUGGGAAACAGCCAGGUGAUUUUUGAAAAGGCAGAGAAUUCCUCUCUCACGUUAGUUGGUAAGGCAAAGACCAAAGAGGCCCGACAGACAAUUAUCAACCCAGACUGGAACUUUGAGAAAAUGGGAAUYGGAGGUCUGGACAAGGAAUUCUCUGAUAUUUUCCGCAGAGCCUUUGCUUCUCGAGUUUUCCCUCCUGACAUUGUGGAGCAGAUGGGCUGUAAGCACGUGAAGGGCAUCUUACUGUUUGGACCACCAGGGUGUGGUAAAACACUGAUGGCUAGGCAGAUMGGUAAGAUGCUCAACGCUCGAGAGCCGAAGGUCGUCAACGGCCCGGAGAUCCUCAACAAGUAUGUGGGAGAAUCUGAAGCCAACAUCCGGAAACUCUUCGCUGAGGCAGAGGAGGAGCAGAAGAGGCUGGGAGCCAACAGCGGGCUCCACAUCAUUAUCUUUGAUGAGCUGGAUGCCAUCUGYAAACAGAGAGGCACGGGCGCCAGCAGCACAGGCGUGCACGACACCGUGGUCAACCAGCUGCUGUCCAAGAUCGACGGCGUGGAGCAGCUGAACAACAUCUUGGUCAUCGGGAUGACCAACCGACCCGACCUGAUUGAUGACGCCUUGAUGAGGCCUGGCAGGUUUGAAGUGAAGAUGGAAAUUGGUCUGCCUGAUGAAAAGGGCCGCGUCCAGAUCCUGAACAUCCACACCAGCAAGAUGAAAAGCUUCAACCUGCUGGCAGUAGAUGUUGACAUCAUAGAGCUGGCUUCAGAGACAAAGAACUACAGCGGAGCAGAACUGGAGGGGCUGGUCAGGGCGGCGCAGUCCACCGCCAUGAACCGACACAUCAAGGCUACGUCUACGGUGGAGGUGGACAUGGAGCGAGCAGAGAAGCUGCAGGUCACCCGGGCUGAUUUCAUGGGAUCCCUCAACAAUGACAUCAAACCUGCAUUUGGUACAAACCAAGAGGAUUACUCCAGCUACAUCAUGAAUGGCAUCAUCAAAUGGGGUGACCCGGUUACCCACGUCCUGGAUGAUGGAGAGCUGCUUGUACAGCAGACCAAGAACAGCGAUCGCACCCCACUGGUGGCUGUGUUACUGGAGGGUCCACCACACUGUGGAAAGACUGCGCUGGCGGCUAAGAUAUCAGAGGACUCUCAGUUCCCCUUCAUUAAGAUCUGCUCUCCAGACAAGAUGAUCGGACACUCAGAGAUCUCCAAGUGCCAGGCAAUCAAAAAGAUCUUUGAUGAUGCCUAUAAGUCCCAGCUCAGCUGUGUGGUGGUGGAUGACAUUGAGCGCCUGCUGGACUACGUCCCCAUCGGCCCUCGUUUCUCCAACUUGGUCCUCCAGGCUCUGCUGGUACUGCUGAAGAAACCUCCACCCAAGGGCCGGAAGCUGCUGAUCAUCGGCACCACCAGCAGGAAGGAUGUCCUGCAGGAGAUGGAGAUGUUGGAUGCCUUCAGUACCACCAUUCACAUCCCCAAUAUCUCUACUGGGGAGCAGCUGGUUGACGCCUUAGAGCUGCUGGGAAGCUUCACAGAUAAAGAGCGAGCCAGCAUCGCCCAUCAGCUCAAAGGGAAACGCGUCUGGAUUGGCAUCAAGAAACUCCUGGUGCUCAUUGAGAUGUCCCUGCAGAUGGAUCCAGAUUACAGAGUGACCAAGUUUCUGACUCUGCUCAGAGAAGAAGGAGCUGAUCGCAGUUUCUACGACUAGAUGCAGCUGGCAGAACCAAGAAAACAUCUCACCAUCGACAAGUUUACCUGCAGGCAACAAAAAAUCAAAUCAAAUUAAAAAAAAGAAAAGAGAAAUCCCCAUCAUCUGUUCCACCACAGAUCAGUGUAUUUAAACACAACCCCGGUUCAAGAGAAGAACUGAAAGUCCUCCGUGUCUCUGCAUGUUUCCACGGACAAAAUGUUAYUGUAUCACCCCCUUCCUCUGCCCGUCAGCAUCAUUUACUGCACUUAUCAACAUAUCACAGCAAAUUAUUGGAAGUUGUACUGUUAAAAUCUGUUAUCUGUAAAGAAAUUGCAAUAGACGAUUGUAUAAAAAAAAGAAAAAAGGUGUUGUUUUGUGCAUUGUGCAAUAAAAGAAAAAUCAAAGCAAUGUAUGUUUUUAGCUACACUGUGCGUUCUAUUUGUUGCAUAUCUCUUGUCCUGCUGAUGGUAGAUUACAUUGUGCAUCUUGUCAAGCAGAAUAAACAGAACACACAGAAAAAGUGACAAAAUCCAGCGAGGUACUGAGAUGUGACCCGAUAAGAAGCUUAUAGUGAACAUGUUGUGGCUGUAAAAAGAAGCUGCUUUACAUGUAAAUGUAAUCCCUUUAAACAAACAGUAUGGAAAUGUUCUGUAAAUAUAUAUAAAUAUAUAGAUAAAUUACAGUAUAUCGUUAAAAAAGAGAAAUAUUUCAUAGUUUAUCAGUAUGAUCUUCCUCUGCAGGUGUUGACUUUACCUGAUAAUGUUGUAGUGAAAGUAAAUAUUGGAUCGUUGGCCAGUCUGUUACACACAAGUACAGUUAUGUAGUUCUUUGUUGGCACUUAGAGGAGCUCAGUGCAUGUGUUCGGUGCGUGUGAGUGUGUGUGUGUGUGUGUGUGUGGGCGUGUGUUUGUGUGUGUGUAAUGGGUGGUGUCAUAUAUGUUUAAAUGGGAGCAUUUGUGUGUGUGUGGAGACUAAAUAUGUUUAAAACAACUAGUGGUUUAUUUGUGUUUCUUUCUCCUCUUAUUCUAUGUGUUCAGUGCUCAAAUUCUUGUUUUAUUCUGACCAUUGACAAAGUGUGUGUGAGUGUGUGUGUGURAAUAAAUGUCAAUGUGCAGAUGUAUUAUUGCAAUAAAAAAAGCACAUUUGCUCACAAAAUGA